AUAGUCCACCACUUUUUCUACAGCCAAAUAAUUCAGUACUUUGAUUGCUAAAGUUGCUCUUUUUUUCUCUCUCUCUUUGGUUUAUUCAACUUUUGAUUUGGCUCAAACAAUGUUUAUAUGUCGCUCUGAUUUUGUUUUUUCAAAUUUAUUGAAGUUGCCUCUUUUGGAAAUUUUGAAAUAUGGACCCUCCUUAACUAAACCACUUCGCUGAGCCAAAGUCCUCGAGCUUCAAAUUAUUCUUCGUCUGAGCCUCUGAAUAUUGGUUUUUCUAGGUUUUCUUUGUUUGUUGUAGGUUUUUUUGUUCACAUAUCUCUCUGAAAAUAGUAAACAACACGUAUAAGUUCAACGUGAGGAUAUUCCAUUUUCCAAAAUCUAAAAUCCAACUAGAUUUCUCAAGCCCAAAAAGCCGAAGUUUUUGAGAUGGACGGAAACAAAGACGAUGCCUAGAAAUGCUUCAAAAUUGGGAAAGAAGCUUUGGAAGAUGGGGAUCGAACCCGUGCGCCCUAGAAUUCCUAACUAAAGCUCUCUGUCUCGAUCCGACGCUACCCAUCGACGACUGAAUCGGGGGUUUGUUCGGUUCUCAUGUUUAUCCGCCAACUGAAUUUCAAAACCCUCCAACGAAUACCCAACCAACGGUAUGCUAGCUGCUGUUACUACCAUUCAUUCAGACAUGAGCACCAACCGUUCGACCAAAAUCCCCAACCAAAUGCAGCCUCAACUAACCGCUCUAUGCUCAACUACUUGCACAGAAACCUUCCACUUAGAGCCCUUGACAUGUUCAGUAAGCAACUUCAACUACAUUUGUCUCAUAACAUCGAUGAAGUUACCGUUACCCUUGCUGUCAAGGCCUGUCAAGGGGACCCCAAACCCGGAUGCCAAAUUCACGGGUUUGCAGUUUCUUCUGGGUUUGCUUCGUAUACUACAGUUUCAAAUUCUUUGAUGAGUAUGUACACUAAAGCUGGACAGUUUGAUUGUGCCUUACUUAUCUUUGAGACUGUGUGUUAUACUGAUAUAGUUUCUUGGAAUACUAUUCUUUCGGGGUUUCGAACAAGUGAAGGUGCAUUGAAUUUUGCUCUUAGGAUGAAUUUUAAUGGAGUUAUUUUUGAUCCAGUGACUUAUACUACGGUUCUUGCUUUUUGUGCGGAUCAUGAAGAUUUUCUAUUUGGAUUACAACUGCAUUCUCUUAUAUUUAAGUCUGGUUUAGAUGGUGAAGUUUUUGUUGGAAAUGCACUUAUAAGUAUGUAUUCGAGGUGGAGGCGGUUAAUUGAAGCUAGGAGUGUGUUUGAUGAAAUGAAGAAUAAGGAUCUGGUUUCAUGGAAUGCAAUACUAUCAGGUUACUCCCAAGAGGGAAACCAUGGGCUUGAAGCGAUUUUUGUCUUUAUUGAGAUGGUGAGAAAAGGGAUGGGGUUAGAUCAUGUCUCAUUUACUAGUGCAGUUUCAGCUUGCGGUCAUGAAAUGAAUUUAGAACUUGGGAAACAGAUACAUGGCUUGACAAUUAAAUCAGGAUAUGGAAGUCAUGUUUCAGUUUGUAAUGUAUUGGUCUCGACAUAUUCAAAGUGUGAGUUUACUCAAGAUGCAAAAUUAGUCUUUCAGUGCAUGAAUGAUCGCAACGUAGUGUCUUGGACGACUAUGAUUUCUAUAGACGAAGAAGAUGCCAUCUCUCUAUUUAAUGAGAUGAGAUUGGAUGGAGUAUAUCCAAAUGAUGUUACAUUUGUUGGACUAAUCCAUGCUAUAUCAGCUAGGAAGUUGGUGGAGGAAGGCGAAAUGAUUCAUGGGUUUUGCAUAAAGACUGGAUUUUUAUCAAAACAUAAUGUUUGCAACAGCUUGAUCACCAUGUAUGCUAAGUUUGAGUCCAUGCAUGACUCCAUCAAAGUUUUUGAGGAGUUGAACUGCAGAGAAAUCAUAUCAUGGAAUGCUUUGAUUUCAGGGUAUGCUCAGAACGGGCUUUGUCAGGAUGCACUAAAAACAUUCUUGGUAGCAACUAUGGAGUCAAAGCCAAACAAUUAUACAUUUGGUAGUGUCUUGAGUGCAAUUGGUGAUGCUCAUGAUAUCUCUCUGAAAUAUGGCCAACGAUGCCACUCGUCCUUGAUCAAACUUGGAUUAGUGACUGACCCAAUUAUCGCAGGUGCUCUUCUUGAUAUGUAUGCAAAGCGAGGAAGCAUUUGUGAGUCCAAAAGAGUUUUCAGUGAGACGCUUCAUAAAAGUCAGUUUGCUUGGACUGCAAUAAUAUCUGCAUAUGCUGGGCAUGGAGACUAUGACUCAGUGAUAGAAUUGUUCAAGGAGAUGGAGAGAGAAGGGGUAAGACCUGAUUCAGUCACAUUUCUUUCUGUACUAACAGCAUGCAGCAGAAAGGGAAUGGUGGAGAUGGGCCGUCACCUCUUUCACUCAAUGGUGAAAGACUAUCAUAUUGAACCAUCUCCUCAACAUUAUUCAAGUAUGGUGGACAUGUUGGGAAGGGCAGGGAAAUUGGAGGAAGCAAAGGAAUUGAUGAGUCGGAUCCCGGGACAGCCAGGGUUUUCGUUGUUGCAAAGCCUGCUUGGGGCUUGCAGGAUCCAUGGGAAUGUGGAGAUGGCGGAGAGAGUAGCUGAUACAUUGAUGAGAUUGGAACCUACAGAAUCAGGUUCUUUUGUGUUGAUGUCCAACUUGUAUGCUGAGAAAGGGGACUGGGAAAUGGUGGCAAAAGUGAGGAAAGGGAUGAGAGAUAAAGGAGUGAGAAAGGAAGUGGGAUAUAGUUGGGUGGAUACUGGUGAUGCUGAUGGUUCCUUGUAUCUGCAUGCGUUUUCAUCAGGUGAUACAUCCCACCCACAGUCGGGGGAGAUACAUAGAAUGACAAAAUGUCUAGGAUUAGAGAUGAAAAUUUUGAAAGAGAACAUGUGGGAGACAGAAUCACUGAAAAUGGACUCCUUCUCAAGGCCCUCACUUUGAAGGCUGAAUCUGUACAUGUAAAACUUCAAAAGUAACUCAUGAUUGUUACGAAGUUUUGUAGCCAAAUUUCAAAAAAAAAAAGAAAACCGAAAACAAAGGAAAUUCAUCUUCAUGUAACAUACAAAUGAAUUUUCGAUGUGAACGAGAACAAAAGGUGAUGUUUUUAUUUUCCUAUCAUUUAUAACUGCCUAUAAGAGUUCUUAGACUGCUCUAUUUGCUGAUAAAUAAUCAAUAAAUCUAAAACUGUUAUGUAUUUUUGGGACCAUUUCAUUCUUGCGUUUUUUUUUGGGGGUUUCACCAUGUUCUUGCAGGUAUAAAGUCUGCGGCUUCCUUUUGCGGUUUCAUGGAAUGCAAUACUAGGCAUUUAUUUAUGACUCAGUAUAGAUGUUUUAAUUUUAAUUAAUUUGUUGUCAUUUUCAUGACUUUUGUAUGAUUUUGGGUGUUUCAGAUCUCAGGUUUAAUGAGUUUCAUGACUUAGAUUUGUUUUACAUGGUCAAAUCUAUGCGUAAAUAAAAUACCAUAUAGAUUAGGACUUUUUUUGGAAAGUUAUUGCUAAGAAAUGAAGAUUUUUAAGCAUAUAAAUAGGUUUUCAUAUGUAAAAACAAAAACUAUUUCUUUUUAUAUUGUCUGGUCUCCCUCCCAUUGUUAAUAUAUGUUUUGAAAAGCUUUCUGCUAUCGUAUCAACCGAUGCAGGGUGGCCAUUAUUUUUUUCUACUUUUUAGUAUUGGUUGUUCAACUGAACAUGCAAAUCAAACGACUUUUGAUGUCAGAGACUAUGGAGCUGUCAGUGGAGGCCACAUAGAUGAUUCCCAAUCAUAUUAUUGAGAUUACAGGCAUUCUUGAAGGCAUGGAGUGCAGCAUGCACAUCAGAAACUGAAAAUCCUACUUUAAUCGUUCCACCAAGAUUUCUGCUCAAUCCAAUCGUUUUCAGUGGUCCAUGCAGGGCCAAAAACAUCAAUU